AUUGCUUGCACUUGGAUUUACCAAGAGCUUGAGUCUCGGUAGUGGUCAACAACAACGAGACGCUACGCAGGGUUAGCUAGUGUGGAGGAUUCGACCAUAGUAGUCGUGGUAAAGCUGAUCGUCGCCUCGGUCUUACAGGCUUUUGCGGUCCUCAUUGCUGCCUGACCCUAUGGCAUCUCUCUAGUGAAUUCCUAUCUCACUUCGUUCUCAUUUCUCUCCGCUGGAGAAGCUCAAGUGCUCAGCUGACGUCGGUUGGAGAGAAAGGGUUGCACCUGCAACACAUCGCAAACCAAGGCAGUCUGGUAUUGCGUGCGGACCUUCAGGAUGGCGGGCUCCUCCGUCGCGCAGUGGGCGCAGUCGUCCAUCUACGCUGCCUUCUGGCCCUCGGACGCUUUUGGGGUAGACGCACACCCAAGUCUCGGUACCACCGCACAGAAUGUGCUGCUUGACCAAGCCUUUUCCUCGCCCUCUCCCGACGCAAGCAACAGCAGCGGGCAGCUCGCACAGACCGUCAUCGCCGACCCUCUCGCCGCAGCUGGGGCUUCGAUCCUUCUGCAUGUCGGUAAAGGCAGCACGCCUCCGCGAUGGAUCCGCAAUACUUGCCGCAACUACGAGGGCUGGGGGCCCUUGAGUCAGCACAGGGAUCUUGACUUCACGCCUUGCUUCCUGCAAGCUGUGUUCAUUGCCGCUCCGGUCCUGUUGCUCGCAUUGUUCGGCGCUGCGAAUCUGGUACUCCUCGCCAAGAAGGAAGAAAGACCGCUCUCUCGCUUCUCUCGAUCACUGCUAAGAUCAAAAGAAGUGAUCGUCUGUGCAUUGGCGGUCCUUGCGGCUGUGAAGCUGUCACUAUCGUACGGUAUAUUUGGUGGCGUUCUCCUCGAUAUUCAAUCCAUCACUCCCCUCAUCACCUUCCUCGGCUACCUCCUCAUCCUGGCUGUGCAGCGUCUGAACCACACUCGAACCCGGCGCAGCUCCACCAUCCUGCUCUUCUUCUGGCUCGAACAGCUCAUAGCGCAUCUCUUGGAGCUGCACAAUACGCUUUCAGGUCACAGCUCGCCGAUCAGCGAGGACACCGCAGGCUUCAUAAUUCUCGUGCUCAAGCUGGUCCUGCUCCUGUCCGUCUUCGGCCUCGAGUGUGCCGGCGUCGAGGUCGGCAGCCUUGCACCCGAGCAGAAGGAGGCAUACCUCAAGCAGCGUAGGCAACAGCUUUUCGAGCAGCGAAGGGAGGUGUUGCGCAAUGGAAAAAAAUCGAAUGGCUACAGCGAGUUGCCUCAGCACCAUGCGAAUGGCAGUAGCGCCGCGAGAGCUGCGUCGGCUCCGAUCAGCGCGGCGGAAGACUCUGGCUUCGCGUCCGUCUUCUCCGACGAGGGCGGCACAGAUGGCGGCUACGAUGCGUUGAACGUCGAGAAGGAAUGUCCGAUUAACACGGCCAAUGCUUUCUCGCGUUUGACGUUCAACUGGAUGCAGCCGAUGAUGUCGCUUGGUUCCCAAAAGUUCCUCGGCGAGGAUGACAUGUGGAGUCUUCCUCCAGACGAGGACGCCGAAGCCCUCGGCAAGCGCUUUGCGAAACACUGGAAGACAACACGCACUCGUGACGGCAAACCACGCAUUUGGCUCACCCUAGCCAAAGCGUAUGGCGGUCCUUUCUUCUUUGCUGCCGUCCUCAAGGCCGCACAGGAUACGCUGGCUUUUGCACAGCCGCAGGUACUACGCAAGCUGCUUCAGUUCGUGCAGAACUGGGACACGGAAGGCCACAAAAACCUCGUCCCGAUGCAGGGCUAUGUCCUCUCGGCUCUGCUCUUCUUCGUCGCAAUUGUCCAGACCAGCUUCUUGCACCAGUACUUCCAGCUCGCUUUCAUGACCGGCAUGCGCGUGCGCGCGGGACUCGUCAGCGCCAUCUACAAAAAGAGCCUUAGAUUAUCCAACAAUGAGCGGGGCAAGCGUGCCACUGGCGACAUUGUCAAUCUCAUGAGCGUCGACGCCACCAGGUUGCAGGACCUCUGCACAUACGGCCACAUCAUCUGGAGCGCCCUUUUCCAGAUGACCCUCGCGUUCAUCAGUUUGUACUCGCUCAUGGGCUGGCAAGCCUUUGUCGGCGUUGCGAUCAUGGUCGUUAGCGUUCCGCUGAACACUGUCUUGGCGCGCUACAUGAAGAAGCUUAGCGAAAAGCAGAUGGUGGUCAAAGACCGUCGUACGCGCAUGAUGAACGAGAUCUUGCAAAACAUCAAGACGAUCAAGCUCUUUGCAUGGGAGGACGCUUUUGCAAAGAAACUGAACCAGGUCCGGAACGUUGAAGAGCUGCGCCUCCUCAGGGUCGUCGGCACUGUUUCGGCAUUCUUCAACUUUUUCUGGACCGCCAUCCCCUUCUUAGUGUCUCUUGCGACAUUCACAACGUACGCCUUCACCAGCGACGUCCCGCUCACCGCCGACGUCAUCUUCCCAGCGCUUUCGCUCUUCUCAUUGCUGCAAUUCCCGAUCGCCAUGCUCGCCAGCAUCAUCACGGCCGUCAUCGCCGCGCAAGUCUCGGCCCGCCGCUUGGCCGAAUUCCUCGACGCCGGCGAGCUGGAUCCUGAAGCGCGCAAAGUCAUCAUCCCCGGACAGUCCACUGCGUCUGCGGAUGGCGCGGCGCUCACACCUGAGGAGGUUGAGAAUGCCCGCGUGCCCGAAAUCGGUGACGACGUUGUGACUAUCCGCAACGGCGAGUUCGAAUGGAGCAAGGACCAGCCGGUGCCGACGUUGCAGGACAUCGAUUUGACCGUCAAGAAAGGCGAAUUGCUCGCCGUCCUUGGUAAAGUCGGCGACGGCAAAUCCUCGUUGCUCGCUGCCAUCCUUGGUGAAAUGAACCGCACGGAUGGAGAAGUCGUCGUUAAGGGCCGCACUGCUUACUUUAGUCAGGGCGGCUGGGCCAUGGGCGCCACGGUGCGCGACAACAUCCUCUUCGGCCUCAAGUAUGAACCAGACUUCUACCAGCGCGUUAUUGACGCCUGCGCACUUGGCCCCGACCUCAAUAUUUUGCCAAAUGGAGACCAGACCGAGAUCGGAGAACGCGGAGUCUCGCUUUCUGGCGGUCAGCGUGCUCGUGUUGCGCUCGCCCGCGCCUGCUAUGCUCGUGCAGACAUCUAUCUCCUGGAUGACCCUCUUGCUGCAGUUGAUGCGCACGUUGCCAGUCACAUCUUUGAGCAUGUCAUUGGGCCCAAUGGGAUGCUCAAGAGCAAAGCGAGGAUCUUGACGCUCAACUCAGUCGCUGCACUCCCGCAAUGUGAUCAGAUCAUCUCAGUUCGCCGCGGUAUCAUUUUGGACGAGCGCGGUACCUAUGCUGAGGUCAUGGCAAGGAAGGGCGAGCUGUACACCCUCAUCACCGGUCUUGGCAAGCAAUCCAACGACAAGAGCGACGACACAGGGCUUAAGUCCGAAGGAGAGGUUGCGGAGCAAGAGCAGAACGUCGAUGAAGGUUUCAUGCAAGCCCAAAAGGAAGAGAUGAGGUCGCGUCGCGCGAGCUCGGCGUCCAUGAGGAGGCCGCAGAUGCUGUCUCGCAAGCAGAUCAAGGCGGAGACACUCAAACAGCUGCGCGAAACCUCCACUCCACAGGAAAAUCGCGCCACUGGCUCCGUGUCAUGGGAGGUAUACAAGCAGUACGCCAAGAGCAGCAACUUGAUUGGCGUCUCCCUCUACUUAGCUGCGCAGGUGCUCACGCAGGUAUUCCAGGUCGGCCGUGACGUCGUUCUGAAGCAGUACGCCGCAAAGAACUUGGCAGCAGGUGGGGUCGACAAGGGCGCUACGACCUUUUUUCUUGGUAUGUACGCUACAGUCGGUCUCUCCGGUUCGUUGAUGAUGUGCGUCGCACCGUUCAUCCUCUUGUCGUGGCUCGUCAUCUCUUCUGCCCGCCGCUUCCACGACGGUAUGUACAGCUCGGUCAUGAGCUCGCCGCUGCAGUGGUUUGAGACCAUUCCGACCGGCCGCUUGCUCAACCUAUUCAGCAGGGAUAUCAACGUCAUCGACGAGACGCUUCCACGUGUUGUGCACAGCGCUAUCCGAACCGGCAUGAUCGUUACUGGUGUACUUGUUGUCGUGUCUUACUCCGUCCCACCGUUCCUUGUCGCGGUCAUUCCUCUCGGCAUUGGCUACCACUACAUCCUCAAAUAUUACCUUGCAACAUCUCGAGAGCUCAAGCGUUUGGACUCAAUUUCCAAGUCACCGAUCUUCCAGUUCUUCAGCGAAACCUUGGGCGGCCUGAGUUCCGUCCGCGCCUUUGGCCAAGAGGCGCGCUUCAUUGCCACCUCAUUGGCAAGAGUCGAUCGCAAUCAGCAGUGCUACUUCCCAAGCGUCAGCUGUAAUCGUUGGUUAGCCGUCAGGAUCGAGUUCGUCGGCUCUGUCAUCAUCCUAAUCGCCAGUAUGCUCGCUGUUGUCAUUAAGACACGUAACGGCAACAUGGAGGCCGGUCUCUUGGGUCUGAUGAUGUCUCAGACGCUCAACACGACGCAAGCGCUGAAUUGGGUGGUCCGCAGCGUUUCUGAGGUUGAGCAGAACAUCGUCAGCGUGGAGCGUAUUUUGUCUUAUUCGGAGCUCACACCCGAGGCCCCUUUGGAAAUUCCUGACAACAAACCACCGGCAGGUUGGCCAAGUAAAGGCGACGUUGCAUUGGAGCAAUACUCGACCCGGUACAGGCCCGAGCUUCCCUUGGUCCUCAAGGGUAUCAACGUCGCCAUCCGCGCAGGUGAGCGCAUUGGCGUUUGCGGCAGGACUGGUGCGGGCAAGAGCUCGCUCGCCCUUGCGCUUUUCCGCAUCAUCGAGCCUACGAAUGGACGGAUCAUCAUCGAUGGUGUUGAUGCAACAAAGAUCGGCCUAAAAGACUUGCGUCGAUCUAUUUCCAUCAUUCCUCAAGACGCCAACAUUUGGGAAGGAACACUUCGAGACAAUCUUGAUCCCACUGGCGAAACUGAUGAUGCUGCAUUGUGGAGGGCCCUCGACUCUGCACAUCUUCGCGAGCAUGUCAACUCCCUAGAGGGUAGGCUCGACGCGAAGCUGUGCGAGGGAGGCACGAACUUCUCAUCCGGACAAAGGCAGCUCAUCUGUAUUGCGCGAGCGUUCCUGCGUCAAUCCGAAGUCCUCAUCUUGGACGAAGCGACGGCAAACAUCGACCUGGAAACCGACGACAAGCUACAAAAGAUCGUUAGGUCUGAAUUCAAAGGCACCACCAUCACUGUGGCGCACCGCCUCAACACCAUUAUGGACUCAAGCCGCAUUCUCGUGCUGAAGGACGGAGAGGUGGCUGAGUUCGACACACCAGAAAAUCUUCUGCUAAAGAAGACAUCGAUCUUCUUCUCCAUGGCCGUCGAGGCCGGCCUUGUGAAGGUGCAAUAGACCUGAUCGAACAGCAUUGGAUUAGAGCCAGUGGAAUGUACGCAGACGGUGUGGCAGACAGCCAUGACUUUAUUUACUCGUAUA